AUGAAGAUGGCUCCUCUCUCUGCUGCAUCGAAUACUCAAUCUCCUCCCUCUGCUGCAUCGAAUACUCAAUACUUGCUCUACGGCAAUUCAUCGGAAACCCCUAAAGAGAGUUUGGUCUCCACGACUCUCUGUUUGUCGUCUUGUGAAAGGACUCCUCCUCCCUCUGCUGCUGCAUCGAAUACUCAAUACUUGCUUUACGGCAACACAUCGGAAAACCCUAAAGAGAGUUUUGUCUCCACGACUCUCUGUUUGUCUUCUUGUGAAGACCCUAAGAAGAGGAAGAUGAAUCCUGAUGAUCGCAAGGUUUCUUGCACACCAAGCGACAACGAAUUAACCAAUCAAGAAAGAAAGAUUAAGCGAAUGAGGAACCUCACGAAUAAAGAAAGGGAAAAAGACGAAUGGAAUGGUGUUUCAACAGAACUAAAACUCUUCAAAGAUCCCUGGAUCAUCAAGAAAGUACUCACCACUAGCGAUCUUGGCCAGCUUAGCCGUCUUCUUCUUCAUACUGCCCCCAUUGAGAACCACAUCAUCAUAUAUCUCAACGAGGAUGACCAAAAUAUGGUCCAAGAAGGGUUAGGAAUCACGGUCGAUGUGUAUGACCACGACACUGACUCUACAUACCAGCUGCUUCUAAAGAGAUGGGCCAAGUUGAAUAGUUACGUUUUAAACGGAGGAUGGCCUAUGUAUUUUGUCCGUAGAAGAGGUUUGAGAAAAGGAGAUGAAAUUGGACUAUUUUGGGAUCGUUUCGCUUCGAGGCUCCACUUUCGUGUGCUUUCUCGUUCACCUACAUAA